AUGAAAACCAUCUCAGCUCAUGUUACGGGUUUCUAUCGUUCAUCCUUUCACGCAUACACAACGGAAGUGACUGUAGACGGUCACCGUUGGCGACUUGGGCUACGGUAUAGCAAGUUUCACGACUUUUAUGACCAGCUUAUGGUCCAGGAGAAGGAUUUUCAUGCUGAAUUUCCACCUAAAGGCACGCUCUUUUUCACACCAAAACCUGAGGAAAGACAAGAACAGCUUGAGCUGUUUUUGCAACAAGUACUUGCAUACUACAGUAGCAAGACGGAUUCGAUAGAGAUGGAGAAUUUGCUAUGCGACUUGCUCAAGGUCCCACGUCACUUGAGAUCCUCUGAGCGUGACGACGACAAUGUUUCAACGAGCACUGAGAGUGCACAAGAUGAACCAAUGCAUGAACCUGUCAUUGAGAAGAAGAAUGAUGAGAAGGAGAAGACACAAGUUGCUGAUACCACUGUGGAUCUUGCUCUACAUGUGGUGGCUACGGAAACUGUAAAGGAGCGAGAAAAGGUCGUUGCUGACGUGAAGGAAGGAGAAAAAGACGCCGAUCUGUCCGAGUUGAUGCAGCCCGUUAGCCCAGUAGCUAAUGAGUCGCGUUCUGUAGAGCUCACGGAGGAGGCGAAGAUUGCACUCGACGCUGUAGAGGCUGAAGUGGAGAUACGUGUGGAAGAAUCAGAAGCGGCCAAAGAGAUGGUCAAGGAAGAUGUCGCUGUUCGCUGA